AACAAUAUUGUGUAUUAUAGUGUCUUUAUUGUCGAUAAUUUCAGUAGUUUUUCAUUUCUUUGGCAAUAGAAAGUUGUACAAUAAAACAAAUCAUAUUUCUGGUCCAUUACUUUUUCCUCUAAUCGGAUGUAUAUAUAAAUUUUUUGGAGACUCAGAACAUUUUUUGAAACAAAUAACAAAAAUUUGUUGUACUUAUAAGUCACCAGUCAGAUUAGCAUUUGGAUCUCAUGUCUUAGUCGCCACAAAGGACCCAGAACAAACAAAAACAAUUCUUCAGGGUUCGAGAACAAUUGAGAAGAGUGCAUUUUAUACUAGUUUUGCGAAAGCAUGGAUUGGCGAUGGAUUACUGACAUCCGAGCAAACACUUUGGCGUAAACAUCGAAGAAUAAUUCAACCGAUGUUUAAUCAAAAAAUUCUACAAACAUAUUUUUCGAUUUUUCAACAAAAUUCUCUCUUACUGAUUAAAACGGUUGAGAGUGAAAUCGACGGACCGGAAUUUGACAUAUCUAAUCAUGUUGCAUAUAUUACAACCAGUAAUGUUUGUGAAACGUCAAUGGGUGUUUCGGUAAUAACCCAAAAAGAGGAGGUUUACAAAUUUUAUGAAAUUACUAAAAGAAUAUUUAGUAUCAUAUUCAAACGAUUCUUAAGAAUAUGGUACCAUUCCGAAUUACUGUUUAGCAUGAGUUCACUUGCCAAAAAUUUUAACAGAGAAAUUAAAAAAAUUCACAAUUUUACUGACAAUGUAAUACUAAAGAGAAAAGCAAUUUUACAAAAUAAAAACGAAGAAACGGAAUUAACGGAUAAUAAUUCCUUUACAAACGACCAACUUCGUGAUCAUGUGUUGUCAAUAAUAACUGCAGGUACUGAUACCACUGGCAGAACUUUGGCUUUUGUUCUCCAUAUGCUGGCACAGAAUCCAGAAGUGCAGAAAAAAGUUUACCAGGAAAUAUUCAAUAUUUACGGUUCUGAUGAUCCGGUGAAAAAUCCAGUGAAAUAUGAAGAUUUACAACGUUUCAUGUAUUUGGAACGUGUAAUCAAGGAAACAAUGAGAUUAUUUCCAGUCGCUCCAUUUCUUUUACGUAUGGCUACAGAAGAUUUAGAAUUAGAUGGAAAACAAGUGCCAAAAGGUUGUACAACACUUGUUGCAGUUGUCCCACUUCAUCGGGAUGAAAAAAUUUGGCCCGAUCCGUUAAAAUUUGAUCCUGAUCGCUUUUUAUCCGAGGAAGUCAAUAAACGUCACCCUUGUGCAUUCGUUCCAUUUAGUUUUGGUCCUAGGGAUUGUAUUGGUCGCGUCUAUGCAAUGAUAUCAAUGAAAGUGAUAAUAGUAACAUUUCUUCGUGAAUAUAUUUUGAAAAAGGACAAAUUUACCGAAAUCAAGGAUAUAAAAUUAACAAUGGAUAAUGUACUCUUAAAUUGUGAUCCAAUUACUUUUAAAAUAGAAAAUAGAGCAAAAUGAAUAGUUUAAAAUUGUUAAAAUUUUUACCAAAAUUAAUAAAGAA